AAUGAUGAAAUAUGCUCGUUCCCAAGUAGCCGAGCGAGAACUCGCACUGCCUUCAGUGAUAUUGUUUUUGCGAAAACUGUGCAGUACCCAACUAGCGAACAGAUGAGCAUAGAACCGUUGGCUUUGCGAUUCCUUCUAACAGCACAUUCCGAGUAAAUCGGGUAAAAAGAACUUCAGAUACUGCAUGCAUACGUUACCCUGCAUUAGUUCCGGUUAGACGCAGUUCCUAUGAAUAGAGCAGCUUUCUCAGAUUUUCAAGCUGCUUUCCUGGCAUUGCUAUUCGCUUCAUAUGUAGGCUCAGCGCUAUGCGAUCACGUGCAAUGGCAUAUUGAGAUAGGCCUUCUCUUGGACACAAAUUAUCACCCUCAUCCCCCUUCAACACAAAGGACUACACAUGAGUAUUACGAAGAAUUGUUUUACUCACUAUCCAGGCGCCUCUCCCUCCUUGGUAGGGGACGUUUCGUCUUCAUCUGGAAAGGCCCUUACAGACUAACACAAGCAGAGAGCAGUGUCCUCUUUCGGACGUCUGCCAGGAGACCCACCACAAUUGAUGUGCAUCGCAAUUGGUUGUCAAAAUCCUCAGAAAGCAUUAGAGCACGGACGCGCCGCAACGAUGCUGUCGUCUUACUUACAAAGCGGUCUCUUACUCUUCCCAGCGGAGAUGAGGCCUCUGGCUUUGCAGUAAAACAGGGUAUGUGCACGAAGGAUCAUCUAAUAGUGGUGCACGAUGAUGGCAUGUUCUCAGGGGAGAAUAAUCUUGUGCGGUUUCUUUUACACUCGGCGGGCGUAGACUAUGACGGUUAUGGUUUUGCCGUGCCAUGCCAAGCCUCCGGCGGAUAUCUGAUGGGGUCAGUCGUGCCGCGUCUUCCUUUAGAAUUUUCUUACUGUACCAUGGAUCUUGUGCCUAGAGCAUUAAGCCGGUUGACGUGCAUCACAAGCAAGAUUUCCAAGAAGGCGAGCCAUCCCAUACCGAAACCACCAAAAAUCACUAGAGAUGAAUUUUGUGACGUGUUUGGGGCGGAGCCUUGCGAUGAGGAAGGAAUGGGCAAAUACGAGCACAAGCGUCCUCAAAAAUACGAGUGCUAUGUCUUCUGCUGCAAGAGAGCUUCUAAAAUCCUUCAAAUGGCCGGCCCCGAUGGGCUUAAAUGUGGCGAGGAUGUGUUUUUAUACUCUCUACGAAAGAGGUGCCUACUAGGAAGAUGCAAGUCAGCAACAUACUGAGGUGAAAUGCAUGCCAUAUAUAUGUUCUGAAGGAAAAGAAUAACACACUUGUGCAAGUCGGAACGCAACUAAUAUUGUACGCACGGAGUAGACGGUGGUCAAGUGUUUUAAAAAGUCUGAUAAUGACAUAAAUCUCCGCUAGUAAUAAUACACUAUUGGUUCAAACUUUUAGGCGACGCAAAUAAAGGUACGCAUUCUUUUA